GAUCGUUAUCUUGCUUGAUUGGGAAUCUCGGCCCGAACCAUGGUCACAGCCACCUACGCUGCUCGGUGAGUGCAAGGUUGAACUGCAGAAGUUUGUGGUCGUGGUCUGACCGAAGAGCCGGGAGCUUUUCGGCGGCCUCGGCGAGACGACGACGGCGCUGGUGGCCCACAAGCCCAAGGACGCCGUCGCAAAGGCCAUGGCCUCGACCCCGCAAGCAUUCUGGGGCAAGCCUGUGGACCCUGCGUACCCCUUGCGGCUGCAGUGUAUAGACCCUGCCGAGCUCCUUACCUGCAGGGCUGACGUCGACGAGAUCAGAAAGGCGCUCAAGACGUGGGAGCACUUCUUUGACCAGGAGACAGUGAGCAGCUUGACUGGUCCGUUCAUGCAGUUCUUCGGUCGAACCGCGGAGCAGCAUGCCCAGCAGCAGGCGGCGGUUACACUUACAACCGAGGGCGACCUUCACAAAAGGAUCUUCCAGGUCUUGAAUCAGGGAAGCCCGACAAACGAUGACAAAGUUUCGCAAGGUUCUUGAAUCGAAUUGAACGCCCGAGGCGGUUGGACAUCCGGUGGAUGUAACGUGUGCUCUCCAUGCGCCUCCGCGUGAUCGCAUUUCCCCGUGAGUGCCUCGUGUGUCGAGGGAGUCAUACUUUGUCAUAAGAGUUCCGUGCGACCCCCGAGUGCACAUUACUGGCCUUUCAUCGCCUCGAUGAGGGGUAAGGUUUAACACGGCAUGCAGGUCAGAGUUGUACAGGGAUUCACAUAUUUUCUUAUGGUCCAUUUGAACCACCAAAGGCCGCGCAUCCGUUGCGACAGCGAUGUCGUGAGGAUUGUAGUGUGCUGGCGCGAGGUGUAACUCGGCCGUGCGUGUGCUCGCUCUCCAUCAUCCUAUUGCUCGUCCUCUUCAU